AGCAAUAAUCAAAGAUAUCUGACCAGUUAAGAUUUAUGAAAAGAAAUGAUGAUUCAACAAUCAAACGUGCAUGCUGAGACCAACGUGCUUUUAUAUUCGUUGCCUUCUCCCCUUACCAUUAUUUCUCCACCUUCCAUCCGAUCCCAUCCACCUUGUAUAACUCGAUCAAGUAAUCACCCUCUCUAGCCAAAAGCAAGAAAAAAAACUAUAAAAAAAACAAAACAUGAUUCCAGAGAAGUGGAAAGGAGCAAAGCACACGCUUCUAGAGCGACCAUGGUUCAUCAUAGCUGCUCUAGCUGGUCUUUUAGGUGGCGCACUGCUCAUCACAAGUAUCAUCCGAGCUACGGACAGCACUCUAUCUUUAUGUUCCACCGCAAAAACCACGGCGCAGUCCAUAGCCGAAUACUCAACCACACCAAUCCAGCUUCAAUCCAUCGUCCACUACGCGACCUCACAGACCGUUCCUCAACAAUCCUUCGAGGAGAUAUCAAUCUCUUUAAACGUCCUUAAGGAACGUAUACCUUGCAAUUUUCUUGUCUUUGGCCUCGGCCAUGACUCCCUCAUGUGGGCCUCCCUCAAUCCACGUGGCACCACUGUGUUCCUUGAGGACGAUCCUGAGUGGAUCCAGGCCGUCCUCAAGGAUGCACCGUCCCUGAGGGCCCACCAUGUUCAGUAUCGGACCCAACUUUCUCAAGCCGACAAUCUUCUCGCGACCUACCGGUCCGAACCCAAGUGCUUACCUGCCAACGCUUUCCCCAUCCGCUACAACGAAAAGUGUCCAUUGGCUUUGACUUCACUUCCUGAUGAGUUCUAUGAUACCGAGUGGGAUCUCAUCAUGGUGGACGCACCAAAAGGGUACUUCCCAACCGCGCCAGGGAGGAUGGCAGCUAUAUUCUCCGCAGCCAUCAUGGCACGUAACCGGAAGGGUGCGGGCACCACCCACGUUUUCCUUCAUGAUGUUGACCGCAUAGUGGAGAAGACGUACGCCAACGAGUUCCUAUGCGAGAAGUACAGAGUCAAUUCAGCUGGUAGGCUCUGGCACUUUGAGAUACCCAACGCUGCUAACAUGAGCGACCAGCCUGGGGACCGAUUUUGCUAGGUUGAACCGAUCUUUUGAUUCUUCGUUACUUUUAAAUUAAACACCGCAUAGUUCUUCUGAAUUUACAACUGUUUAUUUUUAAAUAUAACUAUCCGGAGGCUUCUCAUAAAGAUAAAUCAUAUAUAUCGUAUCGAUGUUACUCUUUGUUUCGUAUGGUUUAUGAGACUUGGUUUCUACAUAUUUUGGACAGUAGCAUACUUUGUGGUGAUA